AUGAACAGACUUAUUUCACCAAAGUGUGUUAGCUGCUCUUCCUUCCGCGCAGGAAAAUGCCCAGGAACACCUAAGCGUCUUUUAGCAACUGAAGCAUCGCCACUCACCCGCAAAGACAAAAAAGAGGGCGAUAUAUCCUCGGUGUUCUCGACUUUCUCCGGCAGAAAAAGCCCGCCACUACCUGACCGUUUCCGUGAUCUGAAGCGUAACCUCACCACCGGGUUCGAAGAACAAAUUCAGAAGUCUUGGGAUGAUCUCGUUCAGACUCUCAAGGUCCGUACUGAUGAAGUCGCUUCCAAGCGAGAGUCGAUAAUUCCUAAAUUGAACUUUUCUGACAUUAAAGCCGGCACUGUAUCUCCGGAGAGUGUUAAUGCUAUACGACGCACUGGUGUUGCCGUUAUCAGAGGGGUAGUGCCGAAGAAUGUUGCUGAAGGACUCCUCUCUGAGGUUCGUCAAUACUUUGACGGGCACUCCUUCAAAGGGUUCCCGUCUGAUGCGGAAAAGAAGGUUAUCUACGAAUCAUACUGGAGUCCGUCUCAGGUGAAAGCGAGGUCGCAUCCUAACGUGCUAGCCACACAAUCAUGGAUGAAUCAACUGUAUUCUGCCGAUGCGGAUCAAAAGGUCGAUCUCUCAAUCCCGCUGACCUACGGUGACCGUGUUCAAAUCCGUCCACCCGGCGACAAACACUUUGGACUUCCGCCUCACGUCGAUGGCGGAGGAGUCGAGAGAUGGGAGGACCGCGCCUAUAACCAUGUCUACCGAAAGAUCUUCCAAGGAAAAUUGAAUGAGUACGAUCCAUGGGAUCUGACUGGCCGUCUUGAUGCCAACAUGAAUAUGUAUGAAGCACCAGGCGGUUGUUCUGUCUUCCGGGCUUUCCAGAGCUGGCUCGGGCUAUCUCGCCACGGACCUGAAGAAGGCACUCUUGUCGUCCAUCCCAUCUUGCAGCCCUCUACCGCUUACUGGAUACUUCGACCCUUUUUCAAGCCUACCCGAAAGGGCUCCUUGGAUGGAUGGAAGUUUUCUCUCGAUGACGAAGAAGGCAAUGUCUAUCUGAAUGGUGCUAAUCCGGGAACUGCACAAGAGCUUACUCCUGACCACCAUCCUCAUCUAAACCUCAAGGAAACUAUGAUUCCCUAUCCCACCGUGGAGCCAGGCGAUAUCGUAUUCUGGAGCGCCGAUACUAUCCACGGCACGGAAACUGAAAACACAGGAAAGAACGACGCUUGCGUCUUCUACAUUCCAUCAGUCCCACUGACCCCCAGCAAUGCGCAAUACAUCGCGCAACAACGCGAUGCCUUCUUGUCGGGCAACCCCCCACCUGACUUCCCCGGUGGCCUAGGUGAGUCUCAAUUCUCAGAUAGAGCUCAAGUUGGGGACAUCCAGUCCGAGGCUGGCAAAAUGGCCAUGGGAUUGAGUCCUAUCCAAGCCAGCGGAAAGGACGAGAAGUCGAUGAAACUGGCGCAGGAAGUCAACAAGAUUCUAGGUUACUAA